AUGCUCGCAGGAGCUGUCUUUUCUGUGGGAAAAUUAUGGUUGUACUUCGGAGCUUAUCAUAAUAUUAUGGAAUUUUUCAUCGUGGCAGCGUUAAUGCAUAAAUCGGGUGUCAGUUACGUUCGCAGCUUUAUAGUCAUUUUAGUAUAUGCAGUGUUCGUUUCUACAACCGUUAGUCAGUUGGAGUGGUAUUGGGAUGAUUUCUUUUUCAAGUUUCAGGGUAUGAUAUUUGACUUCACUCUUCCUAUCUACUACUUCAUUCUUAUGAGACAAGAAAAGGAAGAACAGGAAGCCCCUGUUGGUGAAGGCUCUCCGUUGUUGGGGGGUCCUGAACCUCGUCCGCGUGCAGCCAUAUACCUGUUACUUGCCUCCGUAAUACAUCUCAUCGGAAAUAUGACCAAUGUAAUCGAUAAUAAUUCUACUAUAGCGUAA